AUGUCGAACGAUUUUAAAUGCAUGUGUUGUUCAGAAUUUGAUAACAUAAAACAAUUAUUGGAUUCAAAAAAAUGUGUUACUGUUACUACUUCCUUUGAAAAAAUCAUUUUAGAUGAAGAAAUAUUGAAUAUUACUCGCCAACAGAUGAUUAUGAAAACUAAGAAUAAAUUGAAGAAAAAGCAGUUGAGUGCAUUAGAAGUACUAAAUAAAACAUGGAAAUACAUUUGUUAUGUACAAUUCACUCAUUGGGUUAAUUCUUGGACUUCAUUGGGAAAAGGAAUAAGAGUUGUCAUUCCUACAUGUGUUAUAAACAAAAUAAGAAAUAAGUACCUAGAAAAAGAUGGAUUGUAUAUGGGUUUCAAAAAAUCAAAUACACAUUUACCCUCGUAA